GUGAAAUGUCGCAGCCCUCCCUCUUUUCCCCUACAGCGCGGCGGACGACCGCCUCACUAGCGGAAGCAGGCGCUACCAUUUUGAAACACAGCACCGCUUAGAGCCAUGGACAAGAGCAACACGGUGAAGCUCUUCGUGGGGAACCUAGCAUUGGACACCACCCAGGAGGAGCUGUCGGCCAUUUUCGAGUCCUACGGCCAGGUGGUGAGCUGCAGCGUACUGCGGCAGUUCGCCUUCGUGCACCUGCACGGCGAUGGCUCGGCAGAGCGCGCCAUCCGCGAGCUCAACGGCCGCGAGUUCCGCGGCCGCAACCUGGUGGUGGAGGAAUCCCGCGGGCGGCCCCUCCACUCCACCAAGGUGUUUGUGGGCAACCUGAGCGGCAUGUGCACCACGGAGGACCUCCAGGAGCUCUUCCAAACCUUUGGCAAGGUGCUGGAGUGUGACAAGGUCAAAGCCAGGCAUUCCUCUUCCGCAGGCUACGCCUUUGUCCACAUGGAGAACAAGGAGGACGCGCUGCAGGCCAUCGAGGCCCUCCACGGCACCUCCUUCAAGGGCCGCCCGCUCUCCGUGGAGCUGUCCAAGGUGCAGCCCAGCAAGCAGACGCCCACCGGCAAGAUCCCCUGCGUGAGCUGCGGCAAGCAGGGCCACUACGCCGGCGAGUGCCCCGCAGGCAAGUCCUCCCUGGAGCAGUACCAGAGCCAGGCUGCCGUGCUGGCGGCGGCGGCGGCGGCAGCGGCGGGGCUCCCGCUGCAGGUGCAGCAGAGCGUGCACAACUCGGUGUACAACACGUCCACCUUCGACCCCACCUACGCCGCGCUCACGGGCCUCACCACGGGCGCGCGCAGCGACGGCAACCCGGUGAACCAGGCGGUGUACGGCGCGCUCGCCAGCCAGGUGUACGGCGCCAACGUGGCCAACCAGCUCUACGGCACGGUGGCGGCCAACCAGGCGGCGCUGUCGUCGGGCGCCACCCAGAUGUACAGCCAGAUGGGCCACAACCUCUACGGCCAGGUGGCCAACCAGGCGGCGGCGCACGCCCACGCCUACAGCACGCCGGUCUACGCCCAGGCCAUGGGCAACCACCCCGUGUACCUGACGGCCGGCCCCGGCCUGGAGAUGCAGGCGGCCGUCAACCCGGCGUACACGGUCGCCCCGGCCAUGUACGGCGGUGGCGGGCCGGCCUACGCCCACAUCAGCGCCAUGGGCGGGAUGGGCGGCGGCGACCCCACCCAGGCCAUCCUGGAGGCGGCCCGCCAGGCGCACUACUUUGCCCAGGGCCAGCACGUCCUGCAUGACCACCAGGUGGCGGUGGCAGCGGCGGCUGCCGCCGCCAAGUCAGGCGAGCGGGACCGGAGCCCCCUGCGGCGCUCCAUGCCUCUGCUGCCCGACCCGGUGAUGAAGCCCUUCAUGUACCAGAGGGCCAAGCCCCGGCGCCCGCUGCUGCCCACGCCGGCCGGCCGCGCCGCCGAGGAGGCUGCGGAGGCCGCUGAGGACCCCAUGGCCAGGUACUACACAGAGUACUACCAGCAGCUGCAGCAGUACCCACAGUUCCAGUACGCCUACCCGCCGCCCACGGGCGCCAUGCAGGCGAUGCCGGUGGGCGCCAUGCCCCCGCAGCCCGUGGCCACGCUGGAAGCCCUCCGGCCCUCGGUGGUGCCCGUGGCCGGCAUGGCCGCCGGGCCCAGGGUGUAUGAGCCGCCGUUGCCGCCGCCGCCCCCCUCCGCCCCGCGCAAGGAGGCCGUCCUCCGUCGCCCCGAACUCUCCCUCCACGCCCCCGAGCCCCCCUACCGAUAGUCCUUGUUUUUGGUUGUUGUUGAUUUGUUUUUUUUGUUUUGUUUUUAUUACGACGCACGUGCGCACGGACACACACACACAAAAACCUACGCACACCUACAAGCACAGCUCCCUGUGGGGGGUGCCCCCCGUGCCCGUCCUUCUACUGCUUCCCCUCCCAACCCCCACCACCGCUCAACUGUACCACAUACACACACACACGCACCUGUACACUUGCAUUACACAACUCCCCGAAAACCUUUAUCUGUUAUUUCCUCCCUGAGCUUAAGCACCUCGUUAUAGCUGUGUGUGUGGAUGUGUGCACAUCUGUGUGUGUGUGUGUGGUUGUGUGUGUGUGUGUGUGUGUGUGUGUGUGUGUCUCUGAAAUAAGGUAUUGGGGUUGGGGGUUGGGUUGUGAGCCGCCGUGGUACUGACCGCUAGGGUGCUGUGCAGAAAGGGACACGCACCCUGCCUUCCCCUGGCCUGCUCUGAGGGCAUUAGUUAUGUUUCACACUUCAACACAAAGUUGUGCCACUAACCUCACACACGUGUGCCAGUAUAGCAGCCAGCAUAGCAGUCGUAUCCUAUCACAUAUGCCUUUUUAUACACAUGUGUAUGCAUCUAUAUAGAUAUAUAUCACACACUGUACAUUGAUCCUUUUUUAAAAGCCAAAGCCUUUUUUUAUGGAUGCACCGAAUUUUCGGCCGAAAUACUUAUAUCUUGUCUUGUGUGUUCCAAUGCUUUAUUAGGUAGCCUAUCUAUUAGGUUUGUAUAUAUAUAUUUUUUAUAUAUAUACAAAAUAACUCGGUGUUGGCCUCAACACCGGUAAUACCGUAUACCGCGGCAACCCUAAAUGGUACAUUGGCAUAAUAAUUUAUUUCGGUGUUUCGGUUUUCGUCCUUGGUUUCCUCAUUUUUGGUUUUCAGUUUCGGCCAAGAAUAUUAAUUUCGGUGCAUCCCUACCCUUUUUUGUAGUUUAUCAAUCAAUCCACCGCCUCUCCUUUGCAAAUGCACCAGGGCAGCUCAUACUGCUAUUAAUGAAAGAACAGCGACCCUGUCUGCCUUCUGUUAGGUUUCUCAUCAGUUCACCACCCAGACCAGGGGCCGGGCUGUGGGGGGCUGAGGAGCACACCACUGUCUAGCGGGCGGGACCACGGUAGUAGUAUUUGGCUUGAAUGAAUGCCGGGUUUCUGGUUCCCCCCGGGAGGCGAGUGAGUGAGUGAGUGACAGCGAGAGAUUGUCGUGUUGCACAUGUUCAGAAGCUGUGAUGAUGAUGACCCCGAUCCACCACCCAUCCCCCCCCCCCCCCCUCUCCCUCCCCCUUGCAGCGCACAAAACUCUCACACACAAACCGCCUGGGAGACGAAGAACACAAAAACAAAGCACAGCUGACGUGUACUGUAAUGUCUGUUGGAUCUUUCCUCCUCAGCCUCCCCCUGCCUCCCCCUCCCACACACUCGCUGUAACUAGGGCUCCCAAAAGACACUGGCUCCUCUCUCUCGCUCUCUUUCUCUCUCUAUCCUUAUCUCUUUCUCUACCUCUGACCAUGACAUUUUUCAGCGGAGACAAUAGCAUUUUUUUUCCUUAUCAAUCUGGAUGUUGAUUCCUGGUUGUUACCAGUUAACAUACCAGCUUUUAGCUCCUCAAAAGGUUUGCUGACAGUGCAGUGUAGUUGUCAAGACACACACCUGUGUGCUUGUGUAUAUAGUCUUUCAGUGUUUCAUACAGAGGCCUUUUUUUUUACCAAUGUGUUUAUACCGUUCAUAUUGUUUACUGUUUAUUUUUGUUUCCUCUUUUGCUUUGCUAGCAUGUAAUCCAAGUCAGCAUUUUUAACUGUAACAGCAUGAACGGAGAAUGAGUGGUUUACUAAUAAUCCCUUCAUCUUCUUCUUCGCCGCCUGACUUCGUAACCCUAGCGACGAGGUUAACCAUGUGCCUAACAGCUUUCUGAUUUAAGUGCAUUUAGUGGGGUUAUUUCCCAUAGUUUUUUAAGUGCUUUCAAUAUAUUCCUUUUUAAAUCGUGCAUGGGUCCGAGGGGCCAAGUGUUAAAAGAACAUUCAUUAAAGAAGAAAAUAAUGGACAGAGUGCCACUUUGAAGCAUAGCAGUCACCAGAGGCUAUGAGUAAAGCACAGUAUGGAGCAGCCUGUAAAGGGGUUUUGUCGUGGCAUUGUUUUUAUAUUUUUAUCAUACAAAACUGGGCCUCCUGCCUACUUUCUUUCUGUCGUCUUUUUAAAGAACAUUGAAGGUGAUGAGGCCUGUGGCAUUAGUACCAAUGAACAGAGAGAGAGAUCGACCAGUGUCUUCUAGCAAGCCUAAUUGUUACCCCCUUUUCCUAGAGCAGGCCUUGAACAGAACAAAUGGCAUUUGUUAAGAAAAUGGCUACCGUCUCUAAGGAAACAAAUCAAUCACAGAAAGAAGGUGCUGAGGGAUCCUUUGCAAAUGCCAUUUGGCCCCUGGUCUGAUUAACACAAUACCCCCCCCCCUUCCCCCCCGGGUCGCAGUUCUACCCCCAACCUCCUGUGGUUCGUAGUGGACUAUUGCAUCUCACAAUGUAAUCUCUGUUGUAUUGUAUGUAUAGGUUUAUAUAUACAUAUAAACAUAUAUACACAAACGAACAUACUUAUUACAUAAUUCGUAUAAAUAUAUGGUUGCGAAAUGUGUUGUUUGCCAUGUCUUAGACCGUAUUUCUUUUUUAGAGAUUUUAAUUUAGCCUUUUUUUUAAGAAAAGUUUAAGAAGUAAAGAACUGGCAUGCUUUUUAUUGGACAUAUGUAUGCUGUACUUGCCAUUAUAAUAAAGAAGGUUUCGCUCACAACUGUGGUUAAAACAAAACAAAAAGGAAACGCAAAGCAGUACAAGGGUUUGGACGUUUCCCCAUUCUUCCUGUUUACGUUUUUUCUUUCUUUACUUCCUGUUGCCCUUGUGGAAAGCGACCACCAGACCCACUUGACACAGUGGCAAGCCCCAGGGGGAGACAGGUGUAGACGCUGGCCCAGCUAAGGUCUCUAUGGUCAGGGUAAGUCUGGGUUGGUGCUCCUUUCUCUCUCCAGCUUCUCUCCCGACUGUGUGCACGCCUCCUCCUCUGUCGCUGGACACCAGCCGUAGAACGCUUUUAGAAACCUCUCUUGUCGACCAAUUGACCAGAACAACAACUACCACAACUGUUGUCCAUUUUAAUGUGGUUGCAGAGGUUUGGGGGGCCUGGGUUAUACGUGUACACACACACGAAUGCGAGUGGUGAAACGCUGGGGAGAGGCACACAGAUAGAAUGGCGUGGGGCGCAUUUUGAUCUGUGGGGCAGCACCCGUGUCUGUUUUUUGGGGGGGGCGGGGGGGUAUGUUGGGGUUCCAAGGGCUGUGCGUCUGGUCGGGUCUCCUCCUCCUUGCUUCACCAAAACCCUCUCCCCACCUUCCCCCUCCCCCUCACCGUGUCGUCUAUGUCCACGCAACUGUAGAAGCCUGCAUGUUUGAUAACUGCUCUAUUCUAUAUGUCGUUCCCCCCCCCCCCCCCCCCCCCCCACUCCAAAGAAAAACUUGCCCACUGACGGCAACGACUCUUGACUAACUAGUCUCUCAACACAACCAGGUCAACCCACCCAACCAACCAACCCCCCCCUUCUCACCCACAACCACCAGCGCCAUCUCUUUCUCUCCCUCUGUCUCUGCCCAUGUGGACCUGGCGCUCGGGAGCGUCCGGGGGGCGUGGAAGCCUUUUUUUGUGCGAGACACCGUCUCGCCAUCGCCAAGGUAAACCACCGCAACGACAUCCCGCCCCGUCCCACAAAAAAAGAUGAUGCCACUACCCGCCCUUUACCUGCUGCUCCUCCCCUCCCCCGACCCCACCCUCUUGGUUGUGCCUUGACCUGUCACGCCCUCCGCGUACCUGCCGUCCUCUUAAGCCCCGCCCUCUUGCGCCGCCACUUCCUGAGCAGGUGUCCGCCCCAGUGGAAGGGGGCUGUGGUUUGCAUCUUCCUGUAAGGCAAGUAGUGGCCUGCCUCCCCCCUGCUGUGUGUGUGUGUGUGUGUGUGUGUGUGUGUGUGUGUGUGUGUGUGUGUGUGUGUGUGUGUCACACUGCGUGUGUGACUGAGAAUGUAGUGUCUUUUGGAAAGCCGUGUGAUCAUGGCCCAUGAGGACGUCCCGUUACGAUCUCCUUGUUCCCUGGCCACUAGUGAGCCCCCUCUGCGCCGAAUUCGCCGACCCCCCCCCCCCCCCCCCUCCCAGCCACUGCUGCCCACUUCCCUCUUCGAUCCCCACCUCCCCUCAAAGCGCCCCAACCCCUGCUCCUUCCGCCGCCAGCAACGACGUGUCCACCGCCGCCACCGCCGUUAAACAUGUUGGAUCUGGGUUUACCCCCCCCCCCCCCACACGCACACACCACUCCCCCGCAGAAACAAUCACUGUGUGUGGUGUAUGUGUAGUUUGGCACCCCUCCUUGCCCGUGCCGAACACGCUAACCGUCCAGGCGGAGACUCUGGUGACGGAUGGGUCGACUAGCUUCAAGCUAACGCUCGCUGAGCAAUGUGCCGUUGCGCGGCUGUGGAUGAAAAGGACCCGUGACCUUGCUCGCUCUCUCCCUCUGUGUUGUCGCUCGCAUUUUCCCCUUUCGACACAAGCUGAAUCCUCCUGUGUGUGUAUGUGUGUGUUUUUAGUUUUCUUUCCAAAGGAAUCAUCUGUUUUUACCUGCGGGACCUUCCCUGCUUGGGUCCUUAGCAGACAUGUGCUUGUAAGAAGACAUUGGUUCUAACACGUACUACUGCUACUACUAGUAGUAGUAGUAUGUGGACGAAAAUGUAUGCACACCCACCCGCAGAUCCAAAACGUCAGUGCGGUCAACUCAGUUGUCUGACCUUUUUGCUCUGACAGCUGCAUGGCUGGGGGGGUGGGAGGGAGAGGGGGGGCUGGAGACAACUGAACACGGAGGGGACAACGGAGGAGCCUGGAGAAGGGAGAGGAGGAACCCAGUGGUUGUGAGGUGAGUUGUUGUGUAGCGCUAUCGAGGACCCCCAGCCCCUCCCACUAUCCCCCCCCACCACUUCCCUGUCACCGCCCUCCCUAGCUCAAUCUUGGAGGAAUGAUGUCAUCGCCCGAGUUCGCAAAUGCCGAUGGGUUGAAAAUGAGGCAUAGAAAUGAUACGGAAAAUAUCUAGUCGCAUUAUUCCUUACGUGACAGAUAUAUUUCGUCCCAUUUCCAUUCCCCAUUUUUGAUGGUUUAAUGGUGGUCUGUCUCCAUAUCGGACUGUCGAGUUCGAUGAAAUAAUCAAAAGGGGGAACUAAGGGAAGAUGUCAUUGAAUGCAAUGACACCCUAUUAUCAAAUGUCCACCCAACUGAAUUAAUUCUGAUCAACAAUCCAGCCUUAAUGGUGUCCUCCACGAUCUACUAACGCCACCGCCACCACCGCGAUUUUAACCCUCCAUCCCUCCCACCAACACCCCACACUUGUUCAGGCUUCCUGUGUAUGUUUGGUCUUUGUGUUGGAGCCGAUUGCAACCCUGCAUUCACAAGCCCCAAAUUAAUUCACAGACGCCAACCGCAAGCAAAAUGUUAGCUGUGUCAGAAUUUGUUCGCAAAUCAUAUUCAGAACGCAUGCUCACCUGUACGUGCUGCUAACAACUCAACAGCUAAAGUGAUGUUUCAUUCUGUCCGCUUGUGACAACACUUGUGAUGACGGCCACAUGUGGAACACACUCUAAACAUAUUCACACCCAAUGAAUGCACCAUUUUGCACAAUUGAGACUGGGAACCAUCAAUGGCUUUAAUCAGGAGUACGGCUUAGAUUUAGGAUCAUCAUACAAUUUUGGUGGAUUUUAAUAAUAUAUAAACAACCCUUAAACCAACCCCCCCUUGCAUGUGAUAAACUGCCGUACACCGUUAUCAUCUUUUUUCUGUGCGCUUCCCAUAAUGAACAUAAACCAAUGGCUGAAUACAGAUAGCAGUACGCACGUAAACGGCAUUGUAUUAAAUAAAACAUUUUUGCUGUUUGCUUUAUAGAGCACUGAAUAUAAUUAGGAUACCUUUAAGGAAUGGGAAGGUCCACGAUACGCUACUUUAUUACACACAGGAUAAGGUGAUCGGGCAAUGUAUUAUGCAUGGCUUGAUUGAUAAACUCAAUCCCAAUUUCUUGUGGGACGUUUUUUCUUUCCUGUUUGCAAAUAAAAAAAAAAAUCUACUCUAAAA